UUUUUAUUAUCGACUAAGUUAUUACGUCGUCUGUCUUCUUGGUGUCUUGUUUUUGGAAAAAAAGAUAAACAGACAGUAAUCUUAUUCAUGUUCAAGUUUGAAUUAUCCAAAACCUGAAUUAUUCAAGGUUGAAUAUAUUCCGUAUCAAAAGAAAAUGACCGAAUUGAAAUGUACUUCAUCUGCAAACAUGGGAGGAAAGUUUUCCUCGAUGGAUCCCAUGGACGUUGAAGUUCCAAAACUUCAAGAAAUGCUUGAUAGGGAUCCGUACUUGAAGCCUUAUGAAAGAGAAUACAGAAGAAGGUACGCCUGUUUCAAAGACUACAUAGAGAAGGUGAAUGAGAGUGGAGGUGGACUGGAUGAGUUCAGCAAAGGCUACAAUUACUAUGGAGUCCACAUCAAUGCUGAUAACUCAGUCACAUGCAGAGAAUGGGCUCCCGGUGCAAGAGCUCUCUUUCUCACAGGAGAUUUCAAUGGAUGGAACCGCUCAAGCCAUCCUUACAACAAACUCGAAUUUGGUAAAUGGGAACUGAAUAUUCCUCCAAACAGUGAUGGCUCCAGCGUUAUAAGUCACUUAUCUGAAGUCAAGGUUGUGGUACAAACCCAAAAUGGUGAACUGGUGGACCGCUUGUCACCAUGGGCCACAUACGUGGUGGCUCCUCCGAGAGAAGAGGGAUUCACAUACAAGCAACGUGUCUGGCAUCCACAAAAUAAGUAUCAAAUGAAGUAUCCAAAAGUUCCUAAACCGAAAAGUCUGAGAAUUUACGAGUGCCAUGUUGGAAUAGCCACAUCCGAGGGAAGAGUGGGGCAGUACAAAGAGUUCGCUCAGAAUACUCUCCCAAGAAUCGUCAAAUUAGGUUACAAUGCAAUCCAGGUUAUGGCUGUUAUGGAGCAUGCUUAUUAUGCAAGUUUCGGCUACCAAGUUACUAGCUUCUUUGCAGUUUCAAGUCGUUACGGUACCCCAGACGAACUGAAGGAGAUGCUAGACGAGGCCCACAGGUUGGGAUUGUAUGUUCUGCUGGAUGUGGUGCACUCCCACGCCUCCAAGAACGUGUUGGACGGCCUGAACCAGUUCGACGGAACUGACAGCUGCUACUUCCAUGCGGGCAGCCGCGGUGAGCAUUCGCUCUGGGACAGUCGCCUCUUCAACUAUUCCGACUAUGAAGUAUUGAGGUUUCUACUGUCCAACCUGAGAUGGUUCUGCGAGGAGUACCAAUUCGAUGGUUUCAGAUUCGACGGCGUGACAUCUAUGCUGUACCAUUCUCGAGGUAUAGGCCAGGGUUUCAGUGGUCACUACGAUGAGUACUUCGGUUUGAACGUGGACACAGAAGCAGUCGUCUACCUCAUGCUCGCCAACCAUCUACUACACGACUUCUAUCCCAAUAUGAUCACCAUAGCUGAGGACGUAUCCGGCAUGCCAGGCUCAUGUCGGCCCGUGGCAGAGGGAGGCAUAGGCUUCGACUACAGGCUGGCAAUGGCCAUACCCGACAAGUGGAUCAAACUGCUCAAGGAAGUGCCCGAUGACGGCUGGGAUAUGGGCAACAUUGUGCACACUCUUUCCAACCGACGCUGGAUGGAGAAGACUGUCGCUUAUGCCGAGUCACAUGACCAGGCCCUGGUCGGUGACAAGACAAUAGCGUUCUGGCUGAUGGACAAGGAGAUGUACACUCACAUGUCCACGAUAUCAGACCCCUCUCUGGUCAUAGACCGCGGCAUAGCGCUGCACAAGAUGAUCAGGCUCAUCACACAUGCUCUCGGAGGAGAGGCCUACCUCAACUUUAUUGGGAACGAAUUCGGGCACCCCGAGUGGCUGGACUUCCCCAGGGUGGGAAACAACGACUCGUAUCACUACGCUCGCCGCCAGUGGAAUCUGGUCGACGACGAUCUUCUCAAGUACAAGUACCUCAACAACUUUGACGCCGCCAUGAACCAUCUCGAGGAGAAGUAUGGAUGGCUGCACCAGGAUCCUGGCUACGUGAGCUGGAAACACCAGGACGACAAGGUGAUCGUAUUCGAGCGCGCCGGCCUGCUGUUUGCGUUCAACUUCCACCCGACCAAGAGCUACACCGACUACCGCAUGGGCGUCGAGGGCAGCGGCCAGUUCAAGGUUGUCCUCAACUCUGACGACCCGGCGUUCGGCGGUCACAACCGCAUUGACACCAGUGUCACACAUUUCACCGACCCCUUGGGCUGGGCUGGUCGCCGCAAUUUCAUUCAGGCCUAUCUACCCUCCAGGACAGCAGUUGUGUUCAGUAAUUAUUGAAUAAUUAAUAUAGAAUCAGAACCAGUGAAGAUUUUUGUGCCAUAAAUAAUAUAAAAUAUGAAUAUUGUAAUAUUUUUAUAGAGCUUUAUAGAAUACUUUAUAAGAGUUUUAUUAAAAGUUUAUAAACGUUUUUUAGUCUUAUUUAGUAGCCUAUGUAUUACCUUCAGUGAAACGAUUAUUGUGUGCUUAUGAACGAUUAUAUGUAAUUACACUUUGAAAUUUUG